AUGCCUGUGGUACCUGUAUUACCGACCUUGCACAGGCAAAUCUUCAACAGCAUCCUUUGCAUCGUCACAUUCUUUUUAAUUUUCCGUUAUUUCAGAAGAUAUGUCACAUUUGCCCCAAUUACCCUUGAAAGUAUAUGGCAGAUCUCCCUAGCGGAGAUCAAUCGCAGCAAAAAUGUUGAAAGAGUCAACCAAUUAGAACAGAAACUUUCUUUACAAGAUGCAGAGAAGGGAGUCCAGACAAGAGAUGAUGUGGCUGCGAAGUGUAUUGCUUCUGUAGUGGGAUAUCGUGAGGAGGCAAAUCUGUGGAGGAGAUGUUUGCAGAGUUAUCAUAAUUCCCCCGGUCUAGAGAUUAUGCUCAUUGGAAUCGAUGGGGAUCAUGAUGGAGAUAUGGAGAUGGUUUCUGUAGCACAGGAAGUAUUUCCGGAUCUUAUAAAAAUCCACAUCGAAGAACCAUAUGGUCCUCUCGCUGUCCGCAUUGCUCAAAACUACAUCACCCGCGAACUUUACGACGAAAAGUCCUCUUCUACAAAAUGGGCAUCCACACCUACAUCAUUCGACUCUGCAGAUGUCCCCGCCGCUCUUCUAUCCGAAGCCCACGCCUAUGCCUUCCGCACUGUAUUCGAAAAAGCGCUCACAACACUCCGUGAACAUAAUGCUCUAUCACCGUCCCGCGAUUCUAAGACCAGAUCCCUUCACCCAAUAUGUCUCUACCAACCUCACAAAUGCAAAAAAGAUAUCAUGUUUACCAAUAUGGUUUUCGCUUUGGCAUUGGGACAGGGGAAUGACAUUGAAUACUUGUGGACUAGCGAUUCUGAUACCAUUGUUUAUCCGGAUACUUUGUACCAAACAGUCGGUUGUAUGUCUGCGGAUCCGUUAAUUGGAGGUAGUUGCUCAGCUCUGAGCAUCCAUAAUGAUCAGGAGAGUGCGAUUGCUGCUUUGGGUAGUGCAGCUUACUGGUCUGAGUUAGCUAUUACACGUGGACAAACCGGAGCCGUAGACGCUGUAGACUGUCAACCUGGUCCAUGUGCCGCUUUUCGUCUCAUAGCCCUUGAAUCUAUUCUUUUACCAUGGUACACACAGACUUCUCUAGGAGUCAAAACCGUCGUCAACGAAGAUCGUCAUCUGACCACCAACCUACUCCUUCAAAACUGGAAAGUAACCUUCAAUACCUCCGCGCUCGCCUCUACCGAUACCCCUACCACACUUCUCCGCUGGCUCCUUCAACAAAUGCGUUGGGCCCGCGCUACUCAUAUCGAAUGUUUCCAAUACCCGCAAAUCUACUCUAUUCACGGUGUCAUCCUUUUUGUAACAGCUAUGCGUCGUUUCUACGGACCAUUGAUCGUUGGUGUCUUCACUAUUCGUUACGUAUUCACAGGAUACACCGUCCAUGCAUUUCAAUCCUGGGAUUUCCUCCUCCGCGUGGCUUUAUGUACAUGUUACAACUUUUGGCGCAAUAAAUCACAUGUGGCUAGUAUUAAAUAUCUCGUUCUUUCUCAGAUAUUUUAUCAACUGCCUCUACCGGGAAUCAUGUUCUGGUCUGUUGUUACAGUCUUAGAAGGAGGAUGGGGAACGAGCAUGAGAAGUGCGAAUGAACAGAAGAAAUCGAGAUUCGCAGGAUGGGAUAACCUCUGGAGUACUACUGCAGUAGUUAUCUGGAUGGGCUUCGUGGGAGCGGCAGUUGCGAGAUGGGUUACUUCGUAUCUUGCGCCGGCUUUUAUGGUGGAGGCGAUGAUUUUUGCAGGAGUAACGUCAGUGGGGAGUUUGUACUGGACUUUACUUGGGUAG